GUAGGAGGAGGAGAAGGGGAUCAGGUUGGCUAUUGCUAAAAAUCUGGCGCUAGCCUUGACAAAGGAGGGUGACACCAGUAGUUCAGUUUAUUAGACCUCUUAAACCGAUGGAAAACUUCUAAUCUCCUCUCUGCUACCUGACAUUUUUUAAUCGUGAUGUAAUAAACAAUUUUGAUGUAAGAUUUGAAAAAUAAAAUGUUAAGAUUUCAGAAAUAAAAUGGCGGAUCUCGGAGACUGCAACGACACAGAGAAAGAUAAUGCUGGAAGUUGGGAAGGGUUUAUAUGUAUGGAACCAGGACUCCUUGAGCUGGAUUCUAGAGAUGUUCGAAGUCAGGGAUUUCUGCCGAGCAGACCUCCAGGGGAUACAGGUUGGAGUGUUCAACAUUCAGCACCAUGGCAGAGUGAAAAGCUGGUCUUAGGUGAAGAAAAUCCAUUCAAAGGGUUGAAUAUAUCUCCGACUGAUUAUUUAAACCUGCACCCUGACCGGCAGCCCUGCCCUGUUUGCUGUAAAUCCCGGAAAUAUUUCUGCUACACCUGUUAUGUACCUGUACAAUGCCUCAAGCAGUAUGUACCACACAUAAAGCUUCCAAUUAAGAUAGAUAUAGUAAAGCAUGCCCGUGAGGUUGACGGAAAAUCUACUGCCGUCCACGCACCAAUCAUAGGUAAUAUUAUAAUAAUAUAA